UCUUAACAAUAAUACGUGUGAUUUGUAGAGGGAUAGGUUAGAACCAGGUGCCCACGAGCUUAUCCCCAACUCUUUACUUACCCACACAAUCUGGCAAGCAUUGGUUAGAAAUGGAGAAAAUGCAGAAAGUCAUUAAUGGUUCAACACAAGCAUCUCUCCCUCCCUCCCUCACAAUUCUCAUCACCGGAGUCAGCAAAGGCAUAGGUCGAGCCUUGGCGCUCGAGUUUGCCAAGCGCGGCCACACCAUCAUUGGCUGCUCUCGCGACCAGAACAAACUCGACUCUUUUCGAACACAACUCUCCAUCUUCUCUAACUCCUCUCCCGACAAGCAUUUGCUCUACAAUGUUGAUGUGACGUCGGAUAGCAAUGUUCAAGAGCUAUCUCAAGCUGUCUUGGAAAGAAAACUUGUUCCUGACAUUAUCGUGAACAAUGCAGGUGUGAUUAAUAAAAAAUCAAAGUUUUGGGGGAUUCCUUUGCACGAGUUUGAUAACGUUAUCGAUACCAAUGUGAAAGGGAUAGCCAAUGUGCUACGUCAUUUCAUUCCUCUAAUGAUUGCAAGAAACAAUGGGGUUAUAGUUAACAUAUCUUCUGCGUGGAGAAAUAGCGGAGGUGCCAUGAUUUCAGCAUAUUGUGCGUCAAAGUGGGCAGUUGAAGGCUUAACCAAAUCAAUAGCAAAAGAGCUACCAGGUGGUAUGGCGAUUAUUACACUCCAUCCUGGUGCAGUAAAAACCGAUAUGUUCUUUACAUACUAUGGUGAUGAGUUACCAAGCAAGUACCAAAAUCUCGAGCCAUGGGCAAUAAAGGCGAGUACGAUCAUCCUUAAUUUUACCGCAACGGAUAAUGGAGCAUCUCUUAGUAUGGAGGAAUAAAAUAAACUGUUUUUUUGG